AUGUCAUGUACGCUUAGAAGCCGACACAUUCUUCGAAGAUUCAAAUCGACCCUUCAAGACAUUCAGACUUCCAGAGAAUAUCUCGAAUAUGGAAGACUCAACCAAAAGGACGUGACAAGCACCACUUUUCGAGGAACUCUAUAUGAGCUAUAUGCUAAAGAGUACUUGGAACACAGGCUACACUGUUAUGAGAUGACGAGAGUGGGCGGUGCCAUGGAUAACGGGAUUGAUAUAUUUGGAAAAUGGAAUUUGGGUUUCUAUUGGAAUCGACUUACAGACGAGAAGAAAUCAAAGAAAUACCCUCAAAAGACCGUCCUCUCUGCCUCCAAGCAGUAUAAUGAGGCCACAGGCGGUAAAGUACCCAAGCAAAUUGAUUUGGAAAAUCAAAUACAAGUGUUCGUCCAGUGCAAAAACUACAAAAGACGAAUUCAGGCGUCAACAAUACGAGAACUUGCGGGCAUCUAUGAGUACCAUGCAAAGACAGCAUUAGACCGAAUGAGAACCUUCUUCUUCCUACUACUGCCGUUUGCGUUAACAAAACAAGCGCAGCGUCAAUUCGACAUAAGCAGUGUGCCGCUUGUGCAUUUUAAAGUUUCAUCGACAAAAGUGGAAGAGGCUGACCAAAACAAUCAGGCUGUGGACACGUUAGAUGAACCGCCAACAAUCUACAUGAAUCCUAAAGCACGACUGCUACUACAAGGAUUGGAACAAGGAAUAGUCAAAAAUCAAUUUUAA